AUCGUCCCAGGGUGCGUGAAAGUCCCGUUAGCCCAAAGAAAAAUAAAUAAAUAAAUAAAAAGAGUGAGUGGUGACUCCCAAUCGAUAGCGCCAUCGUGUCGUAUAGCCACAUUUGUCCACAUGCGAGGGGGCCACGACCCAAACAAAGUAAAAAAAAGCAAUUUAAACCACGCUCUCAACCUGGAGCGUGGAGAUUCUCUCUCCCUCCUUCCCUGGAAAAAUAUCUAACACCUCCACACCCUGACGUGUACCGAAAGAUGAUAAAAGCGGAGAAAAGUGGGUCCAUCUCGUGACUCGACGAAAUAUCACAGCCAUCCAGAUGGGUGCCACGAUACAUGCGUCCGUUAUAUAUUUACGGUGGUACACAUCCUGAUGUGAAAACCGAAACCUGUACUUCCCCACACAAAAUAGCAAUUAACCCUCAACGCUUUCAGCCUUUCCUCCAUAUCUCUCAGAGACAGUUGCAGCUUUGCAGGUCUUGUGGGCAGAAACAGAGCGAGAGAGAGAAAAAGAUUGAGAUAGGGAGCUAGUGAGUGUAUGGGAUGGAGGGAACCAACGUCGUAGCGCCGUUCGUUAUGAAGACUUAUCAGAUGGUCAACGAUCCAACGACGGAUUUUCUGAUCGCAUGGGGAAGAGCAAACAACAGCUUCAUCGUUAUCGAUCCUUUAGAGUUCUCUCAGAGAAUGUUACCUGCUUAUUUCAAACACAACAACUUCUCCAGCUUCGUUCGCCAGCUCAACACCUAUGGAUUUCGAAAGGUCGACCCGGAUAGAUGGGAAUUUGCGAACGAGUGGUUCCUCAGAGGGCAAAAGCAUUUGUUGAAAAACAUCGUGCGGAGAAAGCACAGUCGGUAUACGCAUUUGCAGCCAAAACACGAAGAGCUUGACGACGAAGAUAUAGUCAUGGAGAUUGCCAGGUUGAAGCAGGAGCAGAAAACUUUGGAAGAAGAGCUUGAGGGAAUGAACAAGCGCUUGGAAGCCACCGAGAGACGGCCUCAGCAAAUGAUGGCUUUUCUAUAUAAAAUCGUGGAGGACCCUGAUAUACUGCCACGUAUGAUGAUGAAGAAUAAGCACCGUACAAAUCAGAUAAGCGAGAAGAAGCGGCGGCUAAUGAUAUCCUCUGCGUCGUCCUCUAAUUCGUCCGGCAUGGCAGGAACCAACUCCGUGAAGACUGAAGAAGACGAGGACGGAACAAUCGGGGUAAUAUCAUCGCCGGAAACAGGUUUGGAAAUGGACAGCUUCUGUCGGUCUUCGCGGUCGCCGGACGCUCCGGCCCAGGGAUGGUGGAGCCAGAGACAGGUCGUGGAUCGGCCUUGGAUUGCUCAGGAGCCUUACGGUUGCUCCGGGAUUGCUAGCCCGCCAUCCACGGCGACUGGAAGGGAGUUUGGGAUGGGAGUUUCGCCGCCGGCAAGCAACAUGGUGGGAUAUGGGAAUGGUAGUAGCAGUAGUGGAAGUGGGCAAAUAGGUUAUUUUACAGAAGUGGUGGCUGGGGUGGAGACUAGUCCUCCACCGCCUUAUCCAUUUUCUCUUUUAGGAGGUGGCUUUUAGAUAUUAGCUUCACAAGAUUUAUCUUUUCUUUCUCUCUGUUCUAUUAAUUUCUUUUAUUUCACUUUUUUUUUUUUUCAGUGUUCUUUAAUUUUGUAAACAUUAAAGAAAAGAGAAAAAAAAAAACUGAUGUGUUUAAUA